GACGACCCCGAUCGUGAGAAAACGUACAAUCCUUACUAUCUAACUUGGAACAAGCAACGAGGUCUCACAAUUAUUCGAAUCAUUCUAAUCUAUCCAUCCCUUACCAUCGUCCCCAGAAGCAACCGGAACCCUAACCAGCCCGCCAACUCUCCUUCCCUUCCCGAUUCCAUCUCCCCACGAUGCCGUACCAAUAUUUCCUUGUCGAUAGACCGCUACCUUACGUCGCCCACGUACAGAUCAACCGCCCUUCAAAACUCAAUUCAUUCUUUGAAGCAAUGUGGUUAGAAUUUAAGACCGUCUUUGACACCCUAUCACACGAUCCCGAAAUUCGAGCUAUAAUUUUAUCCGGGGCAGGGGAUAGAGCUUUCACAGCAGGUCUAGACGUGCAAGCUGCAAGUCAAGCAGGGAUAUUACAACAGCAGGAAGGCAAAACAGAGGAUGUGGCCAGAAAAGCGGUGGGGAUCAAGAGGCAUGUGGAGGAGUUUCAAAAUUGUAUAAGUAGCGUGGAGAAGUGCGAGAAACCUGUGAUAUGCGUAAUGCAUGGCUUUACCCUUGGUCUGGGUAUGGAUAUAUCAACCUGCGCCGAUAUUCGUAUCUGCAGUGCAGACACCAAAUUUGCUGUCAAAGAAGUCGACAUUGGGCUAGCUGCAGAUAUUGGAACACUUACCCGCCUGCCCAAGGCCGUGGGAAAUUUCUCCUGGGUCAAGGAGGUCUCUCUCUCAGCUCGAGUCUUCGGAGCACAAGAAGCAUAUCAAGUAGGAUAUGUCAGUCGGGUGUUAGAGACAAAAGAGAAGGCAUUACAGGCAGCGCUGGAGAUGGCAGAGUUGCUGGCGACCAAGAGUCCGAUUGCAGUGCAAGGGACGAAAGAGUUGUUGAACCACGCAAGGGAUCACACCGUUGCGGACAGUUUGAGAUACACUGGUGUCUGGAACUCGGCGGCAAUACAGACCAGCGACGUUGAGAGAGCUAUGCUGUCUGGGCUAAGGAAGACGAAACCUAGAUUUGAGAAGCUCUAAUGAAGAUACCCGUUUCCACCAACUCGGCUGGCGUGCAGCCCUGCAGUCCAUACGUCGAGCUAACGCCGGUUCCUCUGAGACAAUGUUAUCCACAUCAUGACAUGGUGGGUAAGAAAAUGUACUCUUGAGGCUUGUCGAAGUCAAUAGCCAUACCUCUGAGUAAUUUGAUAUAUCCUCUAAUUUGGCCCGAAGCCCACGCGACAGUGAGACUUUCGGUGACCGUUAAUUCAGGGGGGGAUCUGAGGGCCUCACUCAUGUGAUUUCAACUUCACGACAUUCGGGUUACUUCUUUGGGUAACCCAGAGGGUCCACCAAAAGGUAUUUCAUUGUCUGGCGGCUUC